AUGCGGUGCGCCUCUGGCCCUCCUGUUUACGAAAACAUCCACGAAAUCCAAUUGGCCCUAAUACGCUUGGGCCUUGUCUCCUUAGGCAUCCCUAUCAAGUGGCCCCUAAGAUUUAUCUCCAUGUCUCAAUGCAUCCUUCGAAGUACUACCGGCAUGCACUGCUGUCGAGGAAAGAUUAACUUGCUUGGAUUGGUGAUACCAGCGAACCCUCUAGAAUCUUGCCAAUUCCAAGGACGACCACUCUAA